AUGAGGAACUCGUAUAUAUCAGGAGUUCUUGUUUCAGUUUUCAGACAAAUUGGUGUAGGCGUAAACUUGCAGAAUUGCAUUAAUAUACUGUCCCUUGCAUGCGUUGGUGGCAAAAGUGUUGGCGAGGAUAUGAGAAGGCUAGAAAGUGGAGUUCAUGUUUUGUCUGGAACUUCUGGGAAAGUUUGUGACAUGAUCAAGUGGAGAACAUUGCGGACAUUGCAGAGUAGAGCUAUCAAUAUGUUGGUUCUUAGAUUAUUGUUAAAUGUUGAGGAUAUUCAUUUGGGGAAUUCAUUUCUAUUUACUUAUCUAAGGAUGCACUUUGGGUUUGCAUUACUGGUAGUUCGCUGGUCAGACAUGGAGAUGUUUCAGAUCCUGCAUGGAGUGGCAUGUUUGAUAUCUUCUACCCUUCCUAAUGAAAUUUUGGAGAUGACGAGCAAGUUUAUGGUUGGUCCUGGUAUCAAUCAGUUCUUUGUUGCAGUAGAAAGGGAGGAGUGGAAGUUUGAUACUGUGUGA